AUGAAUGUUAAUCACGACGGUUACAGUCGUCGGCUCGACCGCGUCCGAGACAUCUUUGGCGGACUUGAAGCAAAUAUACUUAAAAUUGUUCCUGUUGCAUACAACGAAAAGUUCCCGUUUCCGUUCAACAAUUAUUUAUACAAAGUAACGCUGCGCAACCCAAUUGGUGCAUCUUUAGCUGGUGUGCAGUGCGGAACUACUGCUGCGCCAACAGAUGCAGAUACUUUUAUUUUGCGCCUUAGCAGUCUAAAGGCUGAUGGUUUGAACAAUGAGAACCGCAUCCAAAAUGAAGUUGCAAGCUCUAUGCUAGCGCGCCAGGCAUUGGUAGCCGCAGGGCUAGAGCGACUGGUUCCGGACAUUUACGCAUGGGCACCACCAACUUCUCUAGAGUCGACAGAAGAAAAACACUUCGGAUGGAUAAUUUCCGAGUAUAAAAAUGGAUCGGAUUUAGACAAAUGCUUCCCGACUCUCUCCAACGAGAAACAGACAGAGGCCGUGGCUCAAAUGGCUGCGAUUCUCUACGCGUUGCAGAACGCUACCCUUCCCUUGUCAGUUACGCAAGUGGGUGGCAUCACCUUUGAUGAAACAGGAACUAUGGUUUCUGGACAAUCAUCACUUACGGAAGACGGCCCGUGGUCUGACUUUGUGGAUAUUUGGAUAUCCAAGCUACGCAAGCGGCUCGUCGCCGUAACCGAUGAUGCCUCCAAGGCUGCACCGGCAGAUAAUCAAAUCUUCCAGCGGAUCGAUGCUUUCAUUUCACAUGGAGGCAUUCAGAAGCUACUAUCUGGGCUUGGUGCAUCGCGCUGUCUCAUUCACGGAGACUUUACGAUGAACAAUAUGCUCUACGAUGUAAACGACGGUAGGAUUACUGCGCUCUUGGAUUUUGAUUUCUCGAGGGUUUCUCAUCCUGUGGAGGAAUAUCAGAUGGGACUCUAUGAUAUGGGACACUCGAUGCUGGACCACCCAAGCGAUAUAUGGCCGAGCAUUGUGGCAAAUGACUUCAGUUCGCCACCGGCAGGAUUGAAGGAGGAGGAUAUGACCCUUUGGAAGCGAGCGGCACAGUGGAAUUCAAUUGCACGAGAGAAGGGUGUAUUUGUCCCCGGAGAUAUCGACGGCAUUGGGCAGUUGAAAAAGCUUGAGCAGUUGAGCGAUGCGCUAGCAGCUUUCGAGACCGGCGAUCCGGCAGCAACAGCAGGGCCAUCUGACAGUGAUGAUGAGACGACGCAAAAGAGACAGGUGAUUGUGAAGAAGGUGGUUGAUCUAAUGAAUGAAUUAGGAAUGUAA